GGAUGGCACUGGGAGUUCUUUUCCAGUAUAUGGCAGUGCCUUUGAAUGAUUCCUUCUGUGCGUCAGAAAUCUGGAGCAAGAGCAGCAAUUAGGGAAGAUCGUCACAUUCACUAAAGGUUUAGGAGGGAGGGUAAAGGAUACAGGAAAUGGGGAGGAGGGAGGUGAGACAAGAGGAAGGUUAAGCAGGGCACAUCCUGAAGAGAUAAUCCCCAUGCACACAUGACAUCAUCCUCCUGUAACAUACAUAUAUAGGGAAUGGCCACAGCAGCCCUCAUAGUUCACUCACAUUCAAAGCCAGCUGAAGGGAAGAGAAGGCUCCAAAGAGAGCCCCCUUCAGUGUCUUUCUGGCUUUCGUGGACUUGGCUUGGUAGAAAACUGAAGGAUAUAAUGGCAGGAAUGAAAAUCCAGCUGGUCUGCAUGAUACUCCUGGCUUUCAGCUCCUGGGGGCUAUGCUCAGAUUCUGAAGAGGAAAUGAAAGCAUUGGAAGCAGAUUUAUUGACAAAUAUGCAUACAUCAAAGAUCAGUAAAGCAAGUGUUCCCUCUUGGAAAAUGACCCUGCUGAAUGUUUGCAGUCUUAUAAAUAACCUGAACAGCCAACCUGAGGAAGCAGGAGAGAUUCAUGAAGAAGAGCUUGUAACAAGAAGGAAACUCCCCAUUGUUUUAGAUGGCUUUAGCUUGGAAGCAAUGCUGACAAUAUACCAGCUGCAAAAAAUCUGUCACAGCAGGGCCUUUCAACACUGGGAGAUGAUUCAGGAAGAUAUUCUUGAGAAUGGAAAUGACAAAAAUGAGAAGGAAGAAAUCAUAAAGAGAAAAAUCCCUUACAUUCUGAAAAGACAGCUGUAUGAAAAUAAAUCCAGAAGACCUUAUAUACUCAAAAGAAGUUCUUACUACUACUAAAAAGAUAAAUACUUUAUACAUGCUUGUGAUUUAUCAUUAUUUAAAUAUCUAAUUAUAUUUGUGUGAAAAUAUGACAACAUGUUUAUUUGGUCUCUUCUAUACCUGUAGUUUACUAGAUGUGUUUUUGUUCUGGAUUAAUAUAAAAUGGACUAAAUGUUUUCAAAUAAAUCUAGAUCUUGAGCAUGAUGUGUUACAUAUACUUGGAGUAGAUAUUAAUCACGCUACACAUAAAAUAUUUUGUGAUCUUUUUCAAAACAGAUCAUGAGUUGUUUAAACAUUCAAAAUGUAUGGCAUUUUAUAUGCAAUUAGAAGGGAUUAUAACAACAUAUGAUAGAAAAGUUUAACCAACAUAUUAUUAGCCAAAAUCAUAGUAACAACAAUUCUUAUUAUUUGACUGUUUUAUUGUAUGGAGAGAAAUACAUCCUCUUUUCCAAGACUUACUUAUGCACCUUUCAGAUGUAAGGAAAGCUACUGUGGUAAAAUAGGACCAUUCGAAGGAUGAUUAAUAAUCCAUUGUCUAUUAUGCUAUUUUAGUGAAUGAACUUCAAGUGAAUGUUUUGUCUGUUAAAUGAGUUUGAUAGCUAAUAAAAUGACAACGAGUCAUCAGAA